AUGGCUCGUACCAAGCAGACUGCCCGUAAGUCCACUGGUGGCAAGGCUCCCCGUAAGCAGCUCGCUUCCAAGGCCGCCCGCAAGGCCGCCCCUUCUACCGGAGGUGUCAAGAAGCCUCACCGCUACAAGCCCGGUACUGUCGCUCUCCGUGAGAUCCGUCGCUACCAGAAGUCCACUGAGCUCCUGAUCCGGAAGCUCCCCUUCCAGCGUCUGGUCCGUGAGAUCGCCCAGGACUUCAAGUCCGAUCUCCGUUUCCAGUCCUCUGCCAUCGGUGCUCUCCAGGAGUCCGUUGAGGCCUACCUCGUCUCUCUCUUCGAGGACACCAACCUGUGCGCCAUCCACGCUAAGCGUGUCACCAUCCAGUCCAAGGACAUCCAGUUGGCCCGCCGUCUCCGUGGCGAGCGCUCGUAA